UGAAAACACAUCGAGACAACGAGAGGAAUAUCCUGACUGUUUCUCGAUAAAUUUGUGGUAGAGGAUUAUUCAGCCAACUUUAUGCCAUAACUUUCAGCGAAGAGAAGGACAAAAUGACUCCCUCAGAGAGGCGAGAUACGAUGAGGCUUGAAAGUCUUGGCGGAGCGAAGCCGAUAAAAGAACUCCGCGAUAGAGUAGUUCUUAAUGUCGGUGGCAAGGUUUUCGAGCCUUAUAUCAGCACGCUGAAAAACAUACCAGAUAUUCCACUGGCGAGGAUCUUAGACAAUCGCUCGAAAUUAGACUAUGAUCCCGAAUCGGGUGAAUAUUUUUUUGACCGACAUCCGGCAGUUUUUCAGCAAGUUUUGAACUACCUACAAACGGGGAAACUUCAUUGUCCCCGCAACAUCUGCGGCCCUCUAUUCGAACAAGAACUCGCUUAUUGGGGUUUAGACGAGCAACAAAUGGAAUCUUGUUGCUGGCCGAAUUAUACAAAACACAGGGACGCUCAGGAAAACUUGCAAGCAUUGGAUUUCAGACCUAAAUACGAAAAUGCAGACGGUGAAAGAUCAAGGCAAAGGUUUUACAACGAUCCGACUCUGUCUUGGUGGCAAAGAAAUCAGCCCAUCGUCUGGGAAAUUCUAGAUGAUCCAUAUUCAUCCUCUACUGCGAAGGUAGUACGGAAAACAUCGUAAUUGUACGAUUUUUUUUUUUUGGUGGAUCCAGCUUUGGUAGUAAAUUAUACUGAGGGCUCUCAACCCGAGCGACGAGUUCAUUUCAUGUUUCUACCGCAUAAACUGAAUUAAAAGUAACAUGAAUUUUCCCAGAACGAAAAUCUCCUUUGAUCGUUGGAAUUCUGAUGCCAAAGCAACUUUCUAUCAGUCGCAAUUACAGUUAUGAGCAACCAUUUUUUUUGGAAGUGGGCGAUUGGUUGUUAUACAAAAUGAAUUGAGCAGCCCACAAUGCUAACAUAGAAAAUGUUCAUUUUUUUUUUUUUUUCUUGCCCGAGAUGAAAUGAUCAAAAAUCGACUUUAGCUCUCCGUCGAUGGCCCAUUCGGAAAUGUUUUAGCUCAGAAUUCGCCAUAACGUAACGUGCAUCGAUUUUACAAAUUUUACAAUAAUCCGCUAAAACGUUUGAUCUGUUUUUACUAUUUCGACAGGUUCAAAGUUUUUCGGGUUUCGCUAAGGAUUCAUUUUUGCCAAGUGGUGUAUACUCGUCGGCAAGAUAAAAGCUCGAAUUUUAAUGCCUUAUAGAAAAUUGUGUGACAAAAAAUGGUUUUAGGGACUAGUUCUUGCUCAUCGCCUGGGGGGGGGAGGAGGGAAAGUCAUCUUCAACAGAGUUAAAAGGGGGAACUGCUAAUGAGGGGGGGAUCAUUAGAGUACUAAAGAGCCCCAUGGGGGACUAGGUAAAAUUAAAGAAAAUUUUUCAUCAAAUGAUCGUGUUUGUCAAUUUGUUUUCGUCAGGUGUUCGCCUGGGUUUCUCUGGGAUUCAUCGUCACAUCCAUCUUCACAAUCUGUCUGUGGACGGUUGAAUACUUCAAGGGAUUCAGAGAGGUCACCGUGACGCAGAAUGUGACGCAGAAUGUGACGCAGAAAAUAACGCAGUCGACGGACACAACACUUGGUCGAAAUUAUAGUAAGUUUAUCCUGAUUAGAGUACAAUCAAAAGAGGAUCAAGCUAAGAGGCUGGAUUUCCAUACACAUUUUGUUCCAAAAGAAACCACCCGUAUGCUUCUAUUUUUAGACUAGAGGCAUGUGAUGCCCGAGGAAUAAUGCUACUUUCUCCGAAUUUAUUGCUUAAUGUUUGGGCGGAAAGCCAAUGUUAUAUCGGAUGUUCACAACACUUGAGAAAAAUCAUUCGCAGCGCACGAUUUAGAAAAGGAUUUAAAAACGAGAGAUGUCUAAACCUAACGUAAUUAAAGAAGAAAGCCAGCUUGAGUGAUGCAGUCUCAAAGCUACUUCCUCUCUGAGAUGGAUGCUUGAUUUUUCUCAAGUGUUUUCCUGCUAUAAUUAGGGUAUAGUUUCCCCAGGGGGUCUAUGGUGAGGCCAUACCCUGACCCGGGGUAUGUUAAGCGAGUUUAGGGGAGGAGAACAGAUGAAAUGCUCUGAGUUGCCGGCGAUGGAGUUGCCUCCCAUCAAGAUAGAGAGGUUACAAAUUUACUUUUUUAGUCACUUUUAAAAGAACUGUGGAUUACUAGGCUCAAACAAAUUCACUCCAGCCUUGUUCAAAAUUUUAAACAAUCUACCCUUCGUUUUUCAGCAUUGGUGACAAAAACGGAACUUGCUGGUUCUCAGACCCCCAUGGACGUGCUGACAAUAAUAGACUCGGUAUGCACAGGUUGGUUCACCCUGGAGUUUCUGUUGCGCUUGGCUUUCUGUCCGAGCAAGUUCCAAUUCGCCAAAAAGUUGCAAAACUGGAUUGACCUUUUGGUGAUAAUCCCGCUAUAUCUACUCCUGGUGUUUGAACGCACAACUCUAAUCGAAGUCCUAAACACAACGCGCAUUGUUCGCAUCUUUCGGUUCUUCAAACUGCUGUAUGACCUCCAGAUUCUGGGAAAGACUGUCAAGGCUAGUCGUCAUCAACUGGGUCUUCUCCUACUUAUUCUGCUCAUCCCUGUCAUAAUUUUCUCAAGCCUUAUCUUAUACACCGAGAGGCAGUGGGGAACAGAAAAAUCCGAGUCUGAGUUCCACAGCCUGCCCAAUGCAUUCUGGUGGGGUGUCAUCACCAUGACAACCGUAGGAUACGGUGACAUUGUCCCGGCUUCGUUUGCGGGCAAGGUUGUGGGUGGCAUCGCCUCCAUAUGUGGCAUCAUCAUCCUAUCCACGUCUGCCUCUGUGAUCGGCAGCACCUUUUCGCUGUACUACAACCUGGCCCAAGCACAACUCAAGAUCCCACGGAAACAGCGUAACUUUGAGGUGGAUUGCCAAAGCCUACCGGCUGUUUUAGCCUGCAGGACCAGCCAAACCGACUCCGCAGUGAUCUCCAAUACCUCAGAUAGCGGCUAUCAGCGGUCUCCUAAUCGCCUUCAGACCUGUGAUCGAAAUAGUUUUGUGUUUGACGCAAACGCCCCAUCAUCUCCCAGGUCACCUUGCGCGUGCCAGAGCUCCCUGGAUCCCCCUAUACCCUUAAAGCAAGUGUCAUCGCCACGCCCAUCUGUUCCCCUUACGCGGAAAGCGAGUAUUAGAAGAGACAGUAUUCUUGUGUAA